UUUCCGCUAUUCGGCUUGAGGCGAAAGUAAAAGUCGACGCGGAAGUUGAGCUCUACUCACAGUUUUCUGCAGCAAACAACACGACGACUUGUGUUUUUUCCGGACCAAGAAAACAGAACGUUUCAUCAUGGCCCCAGAUGAAGUUUACGCCUCGACGACCAUGCCAAACCCGAACGCUGCCUGUUUCCUGGUGCCGUCACAGUAUCUGGACAAAGUGCGCUUCUUCGUCAAAAUCCUGGAAGUGCUGCUGUCACUAGUGGCGUUCAUCCUGGAGGAGGUCGUCUCGGUUUGUAUCAACUGUGUGGCUCUGGAAUUCUUUGAGUUUGUCAGCUGCACGUCAUUCCUCUUCACCACGCUGCUCCUCGUACUGCUCUCAACUACACUUCACCAGAGGGUGGGAAUCACCUCCUGGUCUCGCCUGGACUUUGUGUACACAAUGGUCAUCGCCUGCUUUUUCCUCAUCGCCUCCAUUGUGUUUGCGACCAUCAACAGCGGCACUUCUCUGGAGAAAAGCUCUGUGGCAUUUGGCUUCCUGGCGACGUUGGCGUUCGGGUGUGACCUUUUCUUAUUUUGGAGGACGUACGGGAAUCCCUUCACCAAAGGGGGGGAGGCGCAGACUUCUAACGGCGUGCGACCGACAGAGGUGGACCAGGAGGCUCCCGCGGAGACAGAGAAACUCAACAUGGAGGCCACCACCGCGGAAUGAUUACAUUUGUUUCUGUACUUUAUGUGCGCCUUGAAAGGUCAAACAUUUUACUCAUGAGGAGGUGCUCUUGUCUCCCACAGCGGGCUUGACUUCCUCUCUUUGUACUACUGAAGCCAGCUGAGGCCAGCCACUCAGGAAAUAAAUAAUCACCUUUCCACUUAGAGGGGACAUAUUAUGGAUGUUUUUUUGUUUUGUUUUUUGUCCCCCCCCCCCCACGAUUUAAAAGCGUUUUCAAGCGUUAAGUCUUGAAAGCGAACGCUCAUAGAGAUUCACUUGCACCAUCGCCAAGCCACUGAAUUACACUUGACCUUGCCAAAUAGCCCUCCACACCCAUGUCAACAGCGUAGCCCAACAUUGCUAUGGUGCUGGUAACAAUUGUCUAACGCUACUCUAUGCUGACACCGGUUCUUUAGCGCUGGAACUUGGUCCACCCCAGCUGCUAAAUCAUUGGAUGAGAAACUGUGUGGGGUGACAUGAUAAAUUAGCCCCACUGUAAUGUCACGGUUUGGCAAAAUUCAAAAUGGCUCGCCCACAGACACAUUUUUAGAAUUAAUUAGAUAACUCAAAAUGGACCUGGUUGUUUAAUUUCACAACUGAUGGUUGGACAGUCACUACAGACACAUAAAUAUUUGAAUACAAAACAUGAAAUCAGUUUUGCAUAAUAUGUCUCCUGUAAUCUGUAAAUAUUCUGAAGUCAACUUGUAAGAGCAGAAAAUAUGAGUGCACCUUGUCUUGUUUUCUGUCACGCUACGCAAUCACAUGCAUCACAUGCCAUGUCCAAGUUAACCAUUCCUGACGCAUUAACAAGCAAUGAAAAUAGAAAAAAAUAGUAGUUACUUAUCUACUAGUAACAAUAAGGAAACUUAUUUGUAAUGUGUUUUGGAAUUGGAGAAACAGGAAUAUCACAAUUUAAGAUUUUGUUUUUGAUCAAAUAAAUCCAGUUUGUAAUAUUUUUACGAAUAGAUGAUUCCAAAAUGUUUUUGUUCUAAAUCUAAACCUCCUGUGUCGCUUUGCUUAGAUGAAAUGUUUGAAACGUUGCUUACUCUCUUAAAAACUUGAAUCUUUUCGUGUCAAAAUGGUGAGACGUCUUUCUGUUUUGUUGUUUUAUAAAGUUAUGACGCAAAAUAUAAGCAGCUUAAGAAUGGAUGUGUGGUUUCAUCAUUAGUAACUAAAUGUGCAACCACUCCUUUAAACAUUCUCGGCAAUCACUCAUAUGUUAAAUGAAGAAUUAAUAUUUUAUUUCCAAAGAGUCCACUUUUUGAUUUUUUUCUUUAACUACUAGUUCAAUGUCUCAGGUGUUCAGUUUAAUUAGUCCCAACAAGAUAUAUUUGUUACAUUUGAAUUUUAUGCCCAGAAGUUGAUGUGGACUGUAAAUGAUGCAAUAAUGCAAUCAGAAAUAAGACCGAACCAAAUCAGCAGUUUGGUCCUGUGAGAUGAAAUUUCUCUUGCCUUAGUCAUAUUUUUUUUAAUGCUAAUAUUGUGUUCCCUAUAUGUAGCUCAUUUCAUUGUAUUGAGAUAGAGUGACAACUCAGUAUGUAUGUAUUUUCAAAGCAUUGAUCUUUGCAGAUUUCUGUCAUAAUUAAAAUAUUGAUGUUCUAUUUCA